AGAGAUCGCAAGUUCAUCACCGUUCAGAUUUCAGAGCUCGCGUUUCUCCGUCCCUCACACCGGUCAGCACUCAGCAACGACAGUCGAAAGAACUGGCCGGCAGGCGAGCGGCGGCUAGCCGGCAACACUGCCUCUGCCCUUAGGCUCUCACCGCCUCUCGUCUGAAUCAUCACUCAUCUCCUCUCAGCAGUACUCAGGUUUCUCCGUCCCUCAGACAAUGGAUUCAGCACAAAAGGAAGCGCGCAGGUUUAAGGACCUUGUGAAUAAGAACGUCGAAGACUUGCAGCCUGAGUUCGACCGCAUAUUAGCUCGGAAGAAAGAGUUGUUUGAUGAAGUAAAGACUAAAGGCAUUAGAUUGUCUGUGGCUGUCAACCUCUUCAAACAAGCCCAAGCAUUGGUUCAGGAAAUCUAUGAAGUGCUCAACAAAAUUUUGGAGGAUGAUAAUUUUCUCAUAGAUGUGGGUAUGACAUCUAGAAUUCAUUAUUAUAGGGCUAAGAACGUAUUUCAUGUUUUUUUUUUUUUUUUUUUUUUUCAGGAGUCUGACUCGGUUGUAUCCAAAAUCGUUUCCCAUGGGUCUGGCGGCUUGGCGGGUUUAUCCGAACUUGUUUCCGAAGGGUCUGACUCAGCGAAUUUACCCAAAAUCUUUUCCUCAUCUUUGGCACUAACCCCCAGGACCCAAUGCACAAAGGACCUUAUGGAUUUGGGGGUGCAAUAUAAAAGAAAGCUUGUUGAUGUCGAUGAGGUUUUGGGACAAAUGUACAACAUGGGUGAGAAUUUUGUAACUCAUUGUUCAGAACUGGCUGAGGUGACAAAAAAGAUUGAGGAAGCAACUAAAUUCCUUACUGAAGCUCAGGCAGCCAUAAACGGCUAUAAGGGCAUCCCCAAUAACCCCAAUAAGGGGAUUUUACCUAGGUUUUGGAAUAGUAAAAGCUUGAAAUUGAGUUUUAAACAAAUGUGGUGGUGGGGAUUUUAAGAGUUUUUUUCUCUCGCAAAAAUGGGAUUUUUGUGGGCCCCUUCAAAUAUUAAAGAAAGAGAACAAAUGAGAAAGCAGGCGCGUAUGAGGCAAUUUUUGCGCCCAGUGAGGUGGUGACCACGCUCCUUCUGGGCGCGUUUGGCGCAGCCUUUUAUAUAUUUUUCUAAUUUUCUUUUUCAGAUUUCUUUUUUUUUUUUCUUUUUCUUCUGUUUUUUCCUUCAUCAUCUCUCUCCUAGUAGGCACUUAAAAAAUGGCAAAAAUUUCAUUGCUACUGAGUAAAAUUGUAACAGUGAAGGGUCAUCAAUGACUAUAAGACGCUAUUGUUUUUCAUAAGUUUUUCAUAACAUUCAUCAGUACUCUAGAUUUAGUAUUCUUGAUUUGCUAAAUAGAUGAAAUUGUUCUGUAUGAGACCAUAUCCAGUCAGUGAACAGAUGUGAUUUGACAAGAAAAAAGAAACCCUUUUGACAAUGGAAAAAAGUUGAUUUGAAGGAUGUUUAGAGUACUGAUGGCUAAAAGUUUGGUGAAUAACUCCAAAGUUUGCAGCUUUACAUGUAAUCAUUCAUAUGAUCACUCUGUGAAUUCAGACUUCUUGUAUAGUGGAUUACAGUAGUGAAGCUCUAUAUUUUCACAGCAGUAAUAAUAAUUAUAAAAAAUAACAGUAAGCCUCUUCAUUUUCCACUAUUUUGCUUUAGGCUUUUGGAUUGUAUAAGUAUGUUUACCUAAAGGCUAUUUUGGUGUGUGCAAUUGUCUGUCUGAAAAUGAAAUAGUGCCAAUGAAAAUGAUGAAAAGAAGCAUUUCUUCAUUUACCUUAACGGUAAAGGACUUCCCAGCCUACUUAACUGUUUAUCAAGUCGAUUCUGAGCACGCCAUGGUUCGGGCUCAUCAUGUUUGCAGGAAAAAGCGGCAUUCAUUUUUUGUGUCGAGGACAGAGCUCUCUUCUGCAAGGAAUGCGAUGAGCCAAUUCAUUCUGCCAACAGCCUCGCUGCAAACCACCAGCGAUUUCUAGCCACUGGGAUUCGAGUAGCACUGAGUUCCAGUUGUAAGAAGGACGCUCCGAACGCACAAUUGGAGCCACAGCCA